AUGAGUUCCACUAAAUCAUUCAAAAAGACUAUUGCCAAGUUUUUCUUGCCGGAUAAUCCGAAAGACUUCAAAACUGAGUAUAACCAUCCCGAGGUUGACAGACAAAGAAGAGAGCCAAAGACCUCCAAGUAUGACAAGUUCAACUUUCUGAAUGCUUUCAACUGGUAUCCUUCGCACUACAGUAAGUUUGAGAGGACGUUUUUAGUCAAAUUCGACAUCUGUGUUCUAUUUUUCCUCUGCGCUUCCUUCUAUACCAAGUAUUUGGAUAAUAGCAAUGUUGGUUCCGCGUACGUUUCAGGGUUGAAGGCUGAUUUGAAUUUGCACGGAAACGAAUUGAACUACUUCAACACCUGUUACACAGUCGGAUACGCCCUAUUCCAGAUCCCUAUCACCUUGCUGAUCACAAAGCAGAUGUAUGUGAUCAGGUUCUUUGUUGGUGUUUUCGAGGCGUGCUCGUUCCCGGCCACAUAUGUGAUUCUCUCGAGCUAUUUGACCGAGGAGGAAUUGUUCAAAAGAGCAGGCGUGUACGGCGCAUUUGCAACAGCAGGCAGUGCCAGUGCUGGUGCGUUGCAGACACAGGCCAGAAGAAGCUUGGAUGGUGUUUUUGGCCUGGCAGGGUGGAGAUGGCAGUUCAUCAUUGAUUCUGUUUUAACCUUCGGUAUUUUUCUGUACGGGUUCUUCCUCUUUCCUGGAAUCCCCUCUGCAUGCAAGGAGUUUGGUGUUUUCAGCGAAGACGAGAUGAUUUUUGCAAGAAAGAGACUCGAAAACAAGAUCGCCUUUCCGGACAAGUUCACCAAGAAGACUCUAAUUGAGACUCUCAAGACGUGGCAGAUCUACUUUGCGUCGUUCCUCUGGGUGUUGCACCACUUGAGCUGGUACUCGAACGGGCCCAAGCUCUACAUGAAAGCAAGAACGGACAUCUACACAACGUCGAUGGUGACCACGUGGGACUCCUACAUCUACUGCGUGGGUAUUCCGUGCUCGAUCAUCGUGCCGCCGUUGUGCCAGUACUACGGGAAGCUGAUUCCGGUGAACCUCGUGAUGCUGACGGCGUACUACGCGUGCAUCAUCCUCGUGACGUGGAACGUGCCCAACGCAGUGAUGAUCUCGGCCUUCUUCAUGCAGGAGCCGUUCCGUAGCGGCUUGGCGCAGAACUUCUACUCGUGGAUCGCCUCGCUCUGCAAGGACAACGUCGAGAAGAAGGCGAUUGUGUUGAGCUGGGUGCAGGCCUUGUCCUACGGGAUCAACGCGUUUGCCGUCACGCUGCAGUACGACCUGUCCGGAGCGCCGCGCUUCAAGAAGGGCUACAUCGUGAACUUCGUCAUCAUCGCGGCGACCCACGUCGUGUUCUUCAUCGGCCUGUUUCUCGACAAGUACGACCGCAAGUACAUCCCACAGUUUGCCGGGAACCGCCACACCGACGGCGACGAAAAGCUGCUCUCCACUGUCGACGUUGCCGGCGACAGCGACAGCGACAGCGACGUCGACAGCGACGCCUCCCGUGUUGCGCCAGGCCGCCUCGGCCACCUCGAGUACCUCAACACCGAGAAAAAGCAGUCCGACGGCGACGACGCCAUCCACGUCGUCACCUACGAUGGCAGCCUACACUCCGGGUCUGCCAGCUCUUCUCUUGUCUGA